GAUUCUGACAGAUAGAAACAGAUUUGGCAAUAAAUGAAAGAAUUGACCCUAGGCGUGCAAAAAUGGAAACGAAUUUAAAGGGAACCAAAAUCCAUUCUCGCAGCGGUUUUGCAGGUUUUUUUAGAUUCGGUCUUUAAAAAUUUUUUUGGGUCUUUCGAGAGGGACAGAGAGCGGAAGAAUGGAGGUGGAAUUGAAAGAGAUGCUUGAUGAUAUACUGUCUCUAAGACAAUCACUGUCUGAUCCUUCUCUUCAUGCUUCAGUUGACAAGCUGCAAUCACGUGUUGACAAUCUUACUCAUCUUGCUAAGUCUCUACCUGUUCGACGAUCAAAAGUCAAGGAUAUGAGUUCUGAGGUGGUUGAUAGCAAUCCCUAUAGUAGGCUCAUGGCACUUCAAAGAAUGGGUAUUGUGGAGAACUACGAAAGGAUUCGGGAAUUCUCAGUUGCCAUAGUUGGUGUCGGUGGUGUUGGCAGUGUUGCAGCUGAGAUGCUAACAAGGUGUGGUAUAGGUCGCCUUUUGUUGUAUGAUUAUGACAAAGUGGAGUUAGCUAACAUGAAUAGGCUAUUCUUUUGCCCUGAGCAAGUUGGUAUGACAAAGACUGAUGCUGCUGUUCAGACCCUGUCAGACAUAAAUCCUGAUGUUGUGCUGGAGAGCUAUACACUGAAUAUCACAACUGUACAAGGCUUUGAAACCUUUAUGUCAAGCUUAAAGAAUAAAACAUUUCGCUCAACCAAGGAAGGUAACGGAGUUGAUCUUGUUUUAAGCUGUGUAGACAAUUAUGAAGCAAGGAUGGUGGUCAACCAGGCCUGCAACGAGUUGAAUCAAACAUGGAUGGAGUCUGAUGCAGUUUCAGGUCAUAUACAGUUGCUGAUUCCAGGAGAAACUGCAUGUUUCGCAUGUGCACCUCCUUUGGUUGUAGCAUCUGGAGUGGAUGAAAGAACACUCAAGCGUGAAGGGGUUUGUGCCGCAUCUUUGCCAACUACCAUGGGAGUUGUUGCUGGGCUUCUAGUCCAAAACACACUUAAGUUCUUGUUGAAAUUCGGACAGGUUUCUCCCUACUUGGGGUACAGUUCUCUUAAAGAUUUCUUCCCAACUAUGGCAAUGAAGCCGAAUCCACAAUGUUCAAAUGCUGCUUGUCUGUCGUUGCAGAAAGAAUACCUUCUUGCAAAGCCAGCCAGGGAUGCUGCGGCUAAAGCCAAGAUGGAGGCCGAGGCGAAGGUUAUAGUAGCAGAUGUACCAGUUCACGCUGAUAAUGAAUGGAACAUAAGUGUCGUCGAUGAUAAUGAGCCGAAGAGUACACCUGGCACAAGUUCAGAUGCUCUUCCCGAAGGUCUCACCCAUGAGCUCCCGAUUGCCGAUGAAGUUCUAAAGCCACCAGCAUCUGGAGCCCCAGAUAUGGCUAUCAACGACCUCGAAGAUCUCCGAAGGCAACUCGAUGCUCUGAAUGCUAAUUAACUUCCCCAACACAACUUUUGGUUGAAAGGUAGACAAUUUUCUCUGGCA